AAAAGAGAAUCUGCUGAAUUAACAUAUCUCCUUUUUUUCUGUUUGAAUGUUAGAUUUUCUUGAUCAACCUGAAACGUCGGCUGGACAGAAGAACCAGGAUGUUGAAAACAAUGUCCUCGCUUGGUCUACAUGCCACAUUGAUAGACGCAGUGGACGGCAAGGCUCUAAACACGUCCCAGCUGCAGGCGCUGGGAAUAGAGAUGAUGCCUGGCUACAAGGACCCUUACUCUGGUCGAGUCCUGACCAGAGGGGAGAUCGGCUGCUUCCUCAGCCAUCACUCUAUAUGGACACAGGUGCUGGAGCAGGGCCUUCAGAAGGUUCUUCUUUUGGAGGACGACGUGAGGUUUGAGCCCAGGUUUAAACGACGGAUCACGGCCAUAAUGGAUGACAUAGACAAAACCCAGCUGGACUGGGACCUCAUCUACGUGGGCCGUAAGCGCAUGCAGGUGCAGCAGCCAGAGCAGUCUGUAGACGGCGUGAACAACCUGGUCAAGGCCGACUAUUCCUACUGGACACUCGGCUAUGCGCUGUCACAGCAAGGAGCCAGAAAGUUACUGGCUGCAGAACCCUUCUCGAGGAUGCUGCCUGUCGACGAGUUCCUGCCCGUCAUGUUCAACAAACACCCAAA